AUGUCUACUGUGGAGACGUUGCCUCCCAAAGUGUGGUUGGCGCACAAGGAAAAAGCGGAUCAAGCCUUCAGAACUGGACAUUACUCUGACGCCAUAGGCUUCUACAGCGAUGCAGUCAAUGCAUGCAACAGCUCAUCAGCGACAGAUCGCGCGAAGCUCUUCGCAAAUCGCGCUCUCGCUUACCAGCGAGAAGGAAACUUGUAUCGGUGCCUCAAGGACGGCAUGUCAGCGCUGUCGAGUGACUGCAGAUAUGUCAAAGGCACCACGAACGGCGUGGAGGGCAAGAGCAAGCAGGCACUGAAGCGGGCUCGUGCCAAGGCGCGCAAGGCGGCGACGGCUGAGGGGUCGGCCAACGGCUCGCCCAUGCUCAGCCGGUCACAGUCGGGAGCCAGCUCAGACAGCAGUCAGCCCUUUGUCGCGCGCGCACCGCCCCUCCAGGAGGAGCCUCCAAAGGAGCAGAAACAGGAGGAGCCGAUGGAGACAGACACUGAGCCCCCCAAGGCAGAUGCUACCCCGCCGCAGGCAUUGACUUCUGAGGAGGACCCUUCAGCGGAGCAAAGAGCAAAGGGCACCAAGUUCUAUCAAGCGGGCAACUGGCAGAGUGCCCUGGCGGCGUACAAGGAGGCCGCGGUAAUGGCGCCGAACGUGGCGGCCAACCCGGCAAACUGCGCGGCGGCGUUGUUGAUGCUCGGGCGCUGCAAGGAGGCGGCUGCUUUUGCGUCGCAGGCAGCCGCGCUCGACCCGACCUCUGUUCGCGCGCACAUGCGCGCCGGCAAGGCCUGCCUCAGCAUGGGCCGCUUUGACGAGGCGGAGGCUCACUAUCGGCGGGCUGCGGAGCUGGAGGCGGCCGGCUCGGCAGCGCAGACAGAGCUGGCCACGGUGGCGGCUGUGCGCAAGCACAUUGCAGACGGGAACGCCGCGUUGGACGGGGACGCGCGCCAGGCGCAGUGGUAUGCUGACCUGGCCGCUCGCACCGUCGCCCCCGCGCAACUUGAGCCGGCACAGCUGCUGCGCUGCAAGGCGCUGAUGGGGCAGGGGAAGUACGCGGAGGCGCUGGGGGAGACGCGGUCAUUGACAGUGGAGGGCGAUCCCGCGGCUGCAGAGAUCCUGCUAGUGCGGGCCGAGGCACUUUAUGGGUCCGGCAAUAUGGACCGCGCAGCAAAGAUCUAUGAGGAGGCGCUGCGGCGCGACCCGGAUUCGACGGCGUGCGCGAGGGGCCUCAAGCGGGUACGCGCGCUGGUGUCGGCCAAGGAGCAGGGCAACGCAGCCUUCAAGGAACGGCGAUGGGGCGACGCUCACCGCCACUACAGCGACGCUCUGGCACGAUACGCGGCCGGCACCGGCAACUAUGCCUUCUUCGCGCAGUGCUACAGCAACCGGUCGGCGACAUGCGCAAAGAUGCGCCGGUACGAGGACGCGCUUGCGGACGCGGAGUCGGCGGUGAAGUGCGACGAGAAAUUCGUAAAGGGCUACCUGCGCAGAGCCGCUGCCAACGAGGCGCUGAAGGACUGGGAGGCAGCCGUGCGCGAUUAUGAGAAGGUGAAGGAGAUGGACUCGGAGGUACAGGACAUCGGCGCGAUGCUGCGCAACGCCAAGACGGAGCUGAAGAAGUCCAAGCGCAUCGACUACUACAAGCUUCUGGACGUCAGCCAGGACGCCAGCGAGACAGACAUCAAGAAGGCGUACAAGCGGGCGGCGCUGCGGUACCACCCGGACAAGGCGGUGGCGGAGGAGAGGGAGGAAGCCGAGAAGAAAUUCAAGCAGGUUGGCGCCGCGCACGCAAUCCUGUCCGACCCCGCCAAGCGCCAGAAGUACGACCAGGGCUGGACGGAGGAGGAGAUAGAGCAGGGGUGCACGGACUGCGGCCACGGCGGAACAGGCGGCGCAUCAAUGGACGAUCUGCUCGCGCAGAUGUUUGCGCAGCAGCGCGGGGGAUUCGGUGGCGGCGGGUUCCCCGGCGGCGGUGGCGGCUUCCCGGGGGGCCGCUACGCAGACGACAAGCAUGCGAUCGACGCGGCGCUUGCACAACACACCUGGAUCACAGUCGUCUUCAAUCCGGAGCCACCCAUGCAAAUUUUCAUGUGCCUAACCGGGUACUACAAGAAGAGGUUCAUGAGGGUUGCUCCAGCUUACUACACCAUGCUGAUAGUGGUUCGCAUUCUGGUAUCUGUGCUUGGUGAAGCAGAAUCGCUGCCACAGCACCUCAGGGAAUCCUUCUUUGGGCCCCUUGGGACAUUCAGUACGGCGUCGUGCAAGGCCAAACUCUGGCAUAAUUUCGUUUUCAUUCACAACCGGCUGCCGGGCUCGGGCUGCUACAACAUCUCCUGGAGCCUGGCGGUUCAGAUGCAAUUCUGGUGCCUCUUCCCCCUCGGUCUGGUGACCCUGCAACCUCAAAAGCCUGGCUUCAGGAAGCGGGUGACUUGGAGCUUGCUGGCUACAAUUGCAGCUGUGCUGGCGUACCGGGCUUGGCAGCUCCUUGAAACGCAGCUCUGGACCAGAAUGCCCCUGCCAGUCUUCCAGCCACCGGACAUGCAGACUUUCGAGUUGAUCGGCUUUUUGGACGAGCACGUCUAUUCUGGCUUCUUCAUCAGGCUGGCUCCCCUGUGCUUUGGAGCCCUGGCAGCUCUGCACGGCAGAUUGCUGCACACGCUGUGGGUCUCCCUUAUUCUCAGCAACUUCUUCGGCUGUUUCGUCAAUAAAAAUGGGCCAGAAAAAGACCCCGCGCAUGUGCUGGCCAACCCCGUCAACAUGGCAUUCGCUUACAUUGUCAUCUCGGGAAUGCCUUCCCUGCCAGUGGCGCAGCCGCGAAAUGUCUUUGGAGGGAUGAUGGUCUCAUGCGUGGCCGGACUAUUCUGGCGCACGAUGCUGGGCAAAUACGUCUGGGUUUCUGCCCCGCUGGCGGCUGCCUUCUCCAUUCUGGGCAUGCAGAUAACUGCCACCCUCCAUCCCCCCGGCGGCGCUGCGGCGCUGAUCAUAGCUGUGGUGGAGCCCUUACAAUCUAUGAACCCAGACAUCGCUGCAGGCAAUGUCUUGGGGACAACCCCUGCUGCCUGGUGCAUCCGGACACAGAUGGAGCCCCGAAUGUAUGACCGCUUCACCCACGGCCUAGUGCUGACAGUGGCCUCGCUGCUCGGGUCGCUGAUUCUGUUCGGGAUUGCUCUGUUCACCAACAAUAUGGGCCCGAGCCAUAAGCGGUACCCCACUUACUGGUGGUCCUAA